AAGCCUUCUUUCCAACAAGAAAUCCGUGCCUUAGCCUCUUUUCUCUUUACAACUCUACGCUCCUCUUUUCUCUUCCUAUAUAUCUCUCUCUCUUCUCUUUCACUCACUCUGCUUAUUCAAAUCCAUUUUUACCAAAAAACAGAAUCACAAAAAUGAAUCCAACUGUUAUAGAAAUCAAACCCUCUACCCCAUUAUUGGCUGCAGCAUCAAUAGCAAGUCCUAGUACUAGCAGUGUUAGCAGCACGAGCAGUGAAACCGAUGAAACCCCACCAACAUCUGGACGUUUUGAGCUCCAAGAUGUUAAAUAUAAUUUUCCUUGUAUACCCAUUUCCAUGUCAAGCUCGUAUAGAUCAUUGGCUGUUCUUUCAGGUCAUAUUGGCUCUGUUUCUUCUUUAGCUCUGUGCGGUGAAUUCAUUCUCAGUGCAUCACAGGGGAAAGAUAUCAUAGUUUGGCAACAGCCUGAUUUGAAGCUUUUCACCAAGUUCGGACAAGGUGAUGGAUCGGUGAAAGCGCUUGUUUCUGUCGGGAACAAGGUUUUCACAGCCCACCAAGACAGCAGGAUAAGAGUUUGGAAGGUUUCGAGGAGAUCGGAGAAUGUUUUCAGGCUUGUUGAUACGCUUCCGACAACUAAGGACUAUUUGGGGAAGUUCAUGAAGCAGAGCAAUUAUGUCCAAACUCGAAGACACCACAAGCGUUUGUGGAUUGAACAUGCUGAUAGCAUAUCUUGCUUGACAGUCUCUAAUGGGUUGAUUUAUUCUGGGUCUUGGGAUAAGACUCUGAAGGUAUGGAGGAUAUCGGAUUUGAAGUGUUUAGAAUCGAUUAAAGCUCAUGAUGAUGCCAUUAAUGGUUUGGUGGCAUGUAAAGGGAUUGUGUAUUCUGCUUCUGCUGAUGGAAAGAUUAAAGCUUGGGGUAAAGAUGGUAAAAUUUCACACUCUCUGAAGGGUAUUUUGGAAGGUCACAAAGAUGUUUCUUUUAAUUCUGUGAUAGUUUCUGAGGAUAGUAAAUGGGUUUAUGGUGGUGGAUCAGAUGGGUUUGUGAUGGGUUGGGAAGGGAUUGGUGAAUUUGUUAGUUGGAAGCUGGUUUGUGAGACAAAAGCACAUCAAAUGGCUGUUUUGUGUAUGUGCUUGGUUGGGGAGUUUCUCUGCAGUGGAUCUGCAGAUAAAAGUAUAAGGAUAUGGAAGAGAGAGCCUUUUGGUAAACUUCAGAAAGUUGGGGUUGUUUUUGGUCAUGAAGGGCCAGUAAAAUGUUUGCAAGCUUCAUCAUACAAUGUUGGUGGUGGAUUUUUGCUGUAUAGUGGAGGCCUUGAUAAGAGCUUGAGAGUUUGGUGGGUUCCAAAGGACUACUCCAAAGAAGAAGAGGAUGUUUCUACAAUAGCAACUUCAGAUCCAAAGUCUAUCAUUUAGUAUUAGGAAAAGUUUUCUACCUUGUGAGGAAUGAAGCACUGCUUGUCUUUUUUUUUCCAAGUGAUUGCAGUGCUUUUCCAUUGUUGAUCUUGCAGUUUUAUCCUUUUUUUUUUUCCUCCACAGUUUUAUUAGGAUCUGAAAAAGUUUAUGGGAUUGGUAUACAAGGGAGGCAGAGAUGGGAUAAAGUUGAAGCCUUUCUAUGCCUUGGUUUUUUUGUUUUUCUUCUUUGUAAAAUAUUCAACUUACUUUUGGGUGUAAAUUUUAAGACAGGUUAGAGGGAAGAUUUUUUUGUUGUUGUUAUUAUUAUUAUUUUUUUCCCUUCUGGUGUGUUUUCAUUUUUUUUAUUUUUUUUUUUCAAAUGUAGUCUUUGUAUGUCAAUUGUAAUCAGGGCUUUAAGAGAUUCAAUCAAUGGAAUUAAUAAUG